GUCACACGACUUGAGAGAAACAUCUGGCUGAAGCCAUGCCUGAAACCACCAUGAAAGCGUCCAAGAAGGGCUCAAAGAAAGCCGUGUCUAAGAGCGUCUGCAAGACCGGCAAGAAAAAGAGGAGGACCAGGAAGGAGAGCUACGCCAUCUACGUGUAUAAGGUGCUGAAGCAGGUCCAUCCCAACACCGGCAUCUCGUCCAAGGCUAUGGGCAUCAUGAACUCGUUUGUGAGCGACAUCUUUGAGCGCAUCGCCGGUGAGGCCUCCCGUCUGGCUCACUACAACAAGCGCUCCACCAUCACUUCCAGGGAGAUCCAGACCGCCGUCCGCCUGCUGCUGCCCGGGGAGCUGGCCAAGCACGCUGUGUCUGAGGGCACCAAGGCCGUCACCAAGUACACCAGCUCCAAGUAG